GCGCAUGCGCACGGCGGUCCCGGAAGCAGGCAGCGGGCCGGGCUGGUGCCGGGCCGAGCGCGGCGCUGGGGCUGCGGGUACCGGCGGCGCAAUGAGCCGUGCGGAGUGAGCCUCCUCCGGAACGCUCCCCUCCUCUCUCUGCCCCGCUGACUCGCCCGGCUCCGCUCUGGCUUCGGGCCCCUUCUCACUGCGCUGCGGCGGGCGGAGGCGGCGGAAGGAGAAGCCGAUGGAGGGGAACCGGGAUGAGGCCGAGAAAUGCAUCGGGAUCGCGCGGGAGGCGCUGGAGGCCGGGAACCGCGACCGCGCCCUCCGCUUCCUCGGCAAGGCCCAGAAGCUCUACCCCACCGAGACGGCCCGAGUUUUGUUGGAAGCUAUCAUGAAGAAUGGAAGUGCUGCUGGGGGAGGCGCUUACUGCCGCAAGCCAGCCAGUAGCAGUGAGCAGACUAAGGCCAGUAGCACCAAGGAGAGCAAUGCAUCUGCUGCAGGUGAAAGUGGGAAAGGCUACACCAAAGACCAAAUGGAAGGAGUGUUCAGUAUAAAGAAAUGUGAAAAUUAUUAUGAAGUCCUUGGGGUGUCAAAGGAUGCAGGAGAAGAAGACCUGAAGAAGGCUUAUAGGAAACUUGCUUUGAAAUUCCACCCAGACAAAAACCAUGCACCUGGAGCAACAGAGGCUUUUAAAAAGAUCGGGAAUGCCUACGCUGUGCUGAGCAACCCCGAGAAGCGGAAGCAGUACGACUUCACAGGCAGUGAGGAGCAGACCUGCAGUCACCCCAGCAACAGCAGAUUCAACUUCCACAGAGGCUGUGAGGCAGACAUUACUCCAGAGGAUCUGUUCAACAUGUUUUUUGGAGGGGCCUUUCCAACAGGUAGUGUACAUUCAUUUUCUAAUGGUCGUGCUGGCUACAGUCACCCCAAUCAGCACCGUCAGAGUGGCCAUGAGAGGGAGGAAGAGAGGGGUGAUGGAGGUUUCUCCAUGUUCAUUCAGCUGAUGCCUAUUAUUGUGUUGAUCCUUGUCUCCUUGUUGAGCCAGCUGAUGGUAUCUAACCCUCCUUAUGCCUUAUACCCAAGAACAAGUACAGGGCAAACCAUAAAAAUGCAGACAGAAAACCUGGGUGUUGUUUAUUAUGUCAACAAGGACUUUAAAAAUGAAUACAAAGGAGUCUCAUUACAGAAAGUGGAGAAGAGUGUGGAAGAGGAUUAUGUAUCCAACAUUCGUAAUAACUGCUGGAAGGAGAGGCAACAAAAAACAGACCUGCUGUAUGCAGCUAAGGUGUACCGGGACGACCGUCUCCGCAAGAAAGCAGAUUCCAUGUCCAUGGACAACUGCAAGGAGCUGGAGCGGCUGACCAGCCUCUACCGGGGGGGCUGAGUUGCCCCUGCACACCCACACCUCUGCCCGGGCCCUUACCUCUCUGGUAAAGUGAGAUGAGAUUUAGUUUCACACAGGAAUGCUGGAAAAGAAGGGUUGGAUGUCAAACUCUACUGUGUAGCUGUUUCCAGAAACCUUAUGCUGAAAUAUCAUUUAAUGGCUUCUUUACCUACUGUGAAAUAUAGGUAACUUUUAAUUGUCUAGGUUUUACUUCAAAGCUUCUGUGAAUUCUUUCAGCAGAGAGAAUAGCUCAGAAAGGAUGCUAUCCUUGUAGAGACUUAGUCAUAGUGGUUCUCCUCUAACAUAUUUGCCAUGUAAAUAUCUGUGGAAAGAACACUUUGUGUAUAUACGAGUUAAAUGACUUUCUAUUUAAAAUCUCAAGAGAUUUAGUUCCAUACAACAUUUUGUCUCACUGAUGGAAUAAAUAGUAUGAUUACAUCACUCCUAUUCAGAUGUCAAGUGUGUGGAGUUGAAACAAGAAUUUUUAAUAUUUUACCUUUAACUCUAUGUAAAAUCUUCUAGGUUUACCAGCUUAGAGGAGCUUGGUAUUUUUAAAUAUAAUGACAUAUAUUCCUAAAUAUCUGUUGGGGUAUAUUGAGCUGGUGUAGAGUAGCAGGUAGCUGUUGUAGUUUCUUAGCAUUUCUGAGCAAUGCUGAGAAAACUAAGAACUACACUGAUCUCUUUUCAAAGUCAAUAUUUGCAAAUGCUGUACAGACCAUUGCAGGCAUUGCUUUUAGUCCUAGCAAGUUUACAGCAGCUCUGCCAUUUGGUAUUCCAGUUGUGGUAACUCCAUCCGUGCAGUUAACUUGCAUUCAUAGCUUCCUUGAUUUUCACUGAAAAGGCAGAGGAAAACGUGCAAUAUUCAAAUUGUAAAGCUAAAAAGAAAAAAAAAAAAAAGGCAACCUAUAUAAAUAUUUUUUUUCCUGGGAGGCUUCCAUAUUCUUACUGCUUUUUUUUUUAAUUUAUUUAUUUUUAUUUUUUUUUAUUUCAAGCUCGUUCCCAACACCGAUCCCUCAAUGGGCACCACAAGUGGAACAAGGAAAUAAUUGCUAAGGGCAAGCUAUGUGCCUUUCAACUCUUUUGCCAACUGCUCAGAUGCUUUGCUGGUUUGCAGUGUGCUCCUGUGGUCAGAGCCAGAUCACUUGUGUGCCAGGGCAUGCAUUUCUCUGGAGCAGGAUGUUGCUGGACUGGCUUCCCAGAAACCAGCCAACAUACUGGUCUGGCUCCUGCACACAGCAGGGUGUAACUCAGUGGCCUGGAGGUGGAAACUCUGUGUGGCCACACCUGCUGGUGCAAAGAGGUGUUUUGAUGCAGCUGAGUACAAUGUACUUGAAGUUUAUCAAAAGUGGGUUGAAAAAUGUGUUUAGGUUCAGUAGCUGGAGUUUUAUCAUUUUCACAGUGCUGGGCAGGAGGAUGUUUCUUGCAUUUGAGAGUGCCUGAUGGCUUGUGAGAAGGGCACUGGUUUUUUGUUGGUUUUCUUUGGGGUUUUUUGGGGCUUUUUUCUUGGUUGGUUCUGUUUGUUUUUUUUAUUAGACAAAGCUGCUAUCUUUGAGCAAUGCUGUCAGUUUAGGUGGAGCUAAAUUCUCCUCUGAAAUUGAAAGCUGAAAAAUACUUGAAUGUCUCAGUUGGAAUUCCUUCUGAUCUAGAGCAGGAUUUGACUUCAGCAAUCACACCAAAUGCUGCUGCUCUGAGUGACCCAGAAGUCAUUUUGCAUACACACCCUUUCUGAGCUGUCCCCCUGGCAAUGUCCCCUGCUGGCCUGCUGUGCCAGGAGGGGACUGGCUGCAGGCUUUUACCUUAGCAGCUAAACCUCUGUGCAAGGUGAACAAAGGCUGAGGAGAGCUGAAAGCUGCUGAAACAACGACAGAUGGGUUGCUGUACUGGGUGCCUUCACUGGGAUUACAGGGAAAGUGUGCAGAAGUCAUGGAAAGGCACCCAAAUGUUUGGAGUUUGCAAGAGAAAUUUAUGGAGAAAACGUGAUUCCCCGGGUUUUGUAACUGUUCAGAAUGUAUUGUAAUUAUAAUAAUGAAAACAAACUAUCCAAGUA